UCUGACUCUGUCGCUACACCCCUCUCUCACUCUCUCUCGAUCUCUCUCUCCAGCCACGGCAGUCGGCGGAUUGAGCUGCGCGCUGCUACUCUCCCGGAGUCCGGAGCCAGUCAGCGUUUAUCCGUACACUUCCAACGCGGGUGUGCUAGCCAAGGAGCGUGCGAAAAAGGCGAAGAACGUACAGCUGGCCAAGCAGGGAGAAAGAGAGAAAAACAACAACAUUAAAAACACGGAAUCGUUUGUGUAGCCUAUUUGGAGCCGGACUGGACAGUCACCCUCUGGUGUAAUAAUUCCGAUUUUGUUCUUCCGAGAGGGGGGGGAAAUUGGACUGGUAACACGGGCAGGCUUUUCUGUAUACACAAAUGCAUACAUUUAAAUUCUCCCUUCAGUUUAAUUAAGUUGUUACAAGUAACGUUGGCAUUUUCUCGAUAAAGCCUCGAGCACCAUUACAGCUGAAGGGAAACGGCUUAAAAAACUGCUAAUUGUUUUUAUUAUACUCUACAGAAAAUUUCGCUUUCUGUGCAAUGCCAAAGUGUUCCAGUUAGAAAACAGAUACAGCGGAAACAAACACGAAUUGUUUGUAAAUCUCAGAAGGACAGAACUCCGCUUAUGUUUUUGCAAAUGCUGCAGCAAACAAAAAUACAUUUUUUCGCGGAUAUUUCUCUUCCACAAAGGAAGUUCCUGCUCUACUGAGAUUUGAUUGUGGGUUUUCUUACGGCCGUGUACGUCCGCACUAGCAACCAGUUUACAAAAGACGUUGCCCUUCUGCAUUGACUGAGUACAAGGAGACGGAACGGGAAUCCUCGUUUUUUCACCACUGAAAAAACGAGACCUUGGAUUAAAAACGGACAAUUAAAUACACUAAUUUAAAGACCGAAAAAGUGAAAACAUCCCGUCUUCAGUGGGCGUCAUGCACGACACAGCCUGAAGUACUGGUCCAUCAUCAUCGACGGAGCAAGUUUAAAUCCGGAGGUGGCCGCCCGAUGAACAUGACUGCGGGUCAUUGCUGAAGGGAGUCCCCGCCGCUGGAGUAACAUGCCCCUAGCUGUCCGGCUCUCAUUUCGGGAAACCCAUCACGGCUAACCCGGGCUCUGGCGUCGGACCGCUAGCAGGGGAGAUAACCUGAUAAACAAACAAAUAAAUAGAUAAGCUCAAAAAAACUGAAAUACAAAAUUCCUGUCGGGGAGCGGCUGAACUGAAGGUGUUAAAUCGUUAAGACGGCAGACAACGUGGAGAGGGAAUUGAAAGUAGAAUACCUGUACCCUUACUCUUGACCCCACAGACUCCCUAGCUGUAUCUAGUAGUAAAUAGUGUUUCAGUUCUGUUAUUAUUAUUAUUUUUUAAACAAACAAUUUACGAGUGCGCGUUUUAAUCCGUUAGUUAGCGAAGAAAGGGGACUGAUCUGACAAAAAAAAAUCAAAAGUAAAACAGCCGAUAGCACGAUGGCUAACAACGCCGCCGACCACCCGACGGGGAACUCCGUCGCCGAGGGCAACCACGAGGGGGACUUCGGCUGCACGGUGAUGAACCUGCGGGAGCUGAUGGAGCUGAGGAGCGGGGAGGCCGUCGCCAAGAUCCGCGACGACUACGGCGACGUGCAGGGCCUCUGCCGCCGCCUGAAGACCUCGCCCAUCGAAGGACUCUCUGGCAACCCAGUGGACUUGGAGAAGCGUCACGGCGCAUUCGGGAAGAACUUCAUCCCGCCCAAGAAGGCCAAGACCUUCCUGCAGCUAGUAUGGGAGGCCCUUCAGGACGUCACCCUCAUCAUCCUGGAAGUGGCUGCCAUCAUCUCCCUGGGGCUGUCCUUUUAUCACCCACCAGGGGGCGACAGCCAGAUGUGUGGUCAGGCUGCGGCCGGCGCGGAGGACGAAGGCGAGGCCCAGGCCGGCUGGAUCGAGGGCGCCGCCAUCCUCUUCUCCGUGAUCAUCGUGGUGCUGGUGACGGCCUUCAACGACUGGAGCAAGGAGAAGCAGUUCCGCGGGCUGCAGAGCCGCAUCGAGCAGGAGCAGAAGUUCACCGUCAUCCGCAAGGGCCAGGUCAUCCAGAUCCCCGUGGCCGAGAUCGUGGUGGGGGACAUCGCCCAGAUCAAAUACGGUGACCUGCUGCCCACCGACGGCAUCCUGAUCCAGGGCAACGACCUGAAGAUCGACGAGAGCUCCCUGACGGGGGAGUCGGACCACGUCAAGAAGUCCCUGGAGAAGGACCCCAUGCUGCUGUCCGGUACCCACGUGAUGGAAGGUUCCGGAAGGAUGUUGGUCUCCGCGGUCGGCCUCAACUCUCAGACGGGAAUCAUCUUCACCUUGCUAGGCGCCGGCGGCGAGGAGGAGGAGAAGAAGGUGAAAAAAGGUAAAAAACAAGGAGCCCCAGAGAAUCGGAACAAAGCCAAGACCCAGGACGGCGUGGCCCUGGAGAUCCAGCCGCUGAAGAGCGAAGAGGGCGUGGAGUCGGAGGAGAAGGAGGAGAAGGAGGAGAAGCCCGUCAAGAAGGUCAACGUCACCAAGAAGGAGAAGUCGGUCCUGCAGGGCAAGCUGACGAGGCUGGCCGUGCAGAUCGGGAAAGCAGGCCUGAUCAUGUCCGCCGUGACCGUCAUCAUCCUCAUCCUGUACUUCGUCAUCGACACGUUCGGGGUGCAGAAGCGGCCCUGGCUGAAGGAGUGCACCCCGAUCUACAUCCAGUACUUCGUCAAGUUCUUCAUCAUCGGCGUGACGGUGCUGGUGGUGGCGGUGCCGGAGGGCCUUCCCCUGGCCGUCACCAUCUCGCUGGCCUACUCUGUGAAGAAAAUGAUGAAAGACAACAACCUGGUGCGGCACUUGGACGCCUGCGAGACCAUGGGCAACGCCACGGCCAUCUGCUCCGACAAGACGGGCACGCUCACCAUGAACCGCAUGACGGUGGUGCAGGCGUACGUGGGCGACACCCACUACCGCACCGUGCCCGAGCCGGACGCCCUGUGCCCCUCCACGCUCGAGCUCAUGGUCAACAGCAUCGCCGUCAACUCGGCCUACACCACCAAGAUCCUGCCGCCGGAGAGAGAGGGGGGCCUGCCCCGCCACGUGGGGAACAAGACGGAGUGCUCCCUCCUGGGCCUGGUGCUGGAGCUGAAGCGGGACUACCAGCCCGUGCGGGACGAGGUGCCCGAGGAGAAGCUCUACAAGGUGUACACCUUCAACUCCUCCCGCAAGAGCAUGAGCACGGUGCUGAAGAACCCGGACGGGUCCUACCGCAUGUACAGCAAGGGCGCCUCCGAGAUCGUCCUGCGCAAGUGCUCCCGCAUCCUGGACGGGUCGGGGCAGGCCCGGGUCUUCCACCCCAAGGACCGGGACGAGAUGGUGCACAAGGUGAUCGAGCCCAUGGCCUGCGAGGGGCUGCGCACCAUCUGCCUGGCGUACCGCGACUUCCCCGCCUCGCCGGAGCCCGACUGGGACCAGGAGAACGACAUCCUGUCCGAGCUCACCUGCCUCGCCGUGGUGGGCAUCGAGGACCCGGUCCGGCCGGAGGUACCGGAGGCCAUUUCCAAGUGCCAGAGGGCGGGCAUCACCGUGAGGAUGGUGACCGGCGACAACAUCAACACGGCCCGCGCCAUCGCCACCAAGUGCGGGAUCCUCCUUCCCGGGGAGGACUUCCUGUGCAUGGAGGGGAAGGAGUUCAACCGCCACAUCCGCAAUGACAUGGGAGAGGUGGAGCAGGAGCGCCUGGACAAGGUCUGGCCCAAACUACGGGUGUUGGCCCGAUCUUCCCCCACCGACAAGCACACGCUGGUCAAAGGAAUCAUCGACAGCACCGUCGGGGAAACGAGGCAAGUGGUCGCCGUGACGGGGGACGGAACCAACGACGGACCUGCGCUCAAAAAGGCCGACGUGGGAUUCGCUAUGGGCAUCGCUGGCACGGACGUGGCCAAGGAGGCGUCGGACAUCAUCCUGACGGACGACAACUUCACCAGCAUCGUCAAGGCGGUCAUGUGGGGUCGCAACGUCUACGACAGCAUCUCCAAGUUCCUGCAGUUCCAGCUGACGGUGAACGUCGUGGCGGUCAUCGUGGCCUUCACCGGAGCCUGCAUCACCCAGGACUCCCCCCUGAAGGCGGUGCAGAUGCUGUGGGUGAACCUGAUCAUGGACACCCUGGCCUCGCUGGCCCUGGCGACCGAGCCCCCGACCGAGUCGCUGCUGCUCCGCAGGCCCUACGGCCGCAACAAGCCGCUCAUCUCCCGCACCAUGAUGAAGAACAUCCUGGGCCACGCCGUCUACCAGCUCACCAUCAUCUUCACGCUGCUCUUCGCUGGGGAGAACUUCUUCGACAUCGACAGCGGCCGCAACGCCCCCCUGCACUCGCCGCCCUCCGAGCACUACACCAUCGUCUUCAACGUCUUCGUCAUGAUGCAGCUCUUCAACGAGAUCAACGCCCGCAAGAUCCACGGCGAGAGGAACGUCUUCGAGGGCGUCUACCGCAACCCCAUCUUCUGCAGCGUGGUCCUCGGCACCUUCGCCCUUCAGAUCAUUAUUGUGCAGUUUGGAGGGAAGCCUUUCUCCUGCACCGCCCUCACCAUCGACCAAUGGCUGUGGUGCAUCUUUAUUGGUGUGGGGGAGCUGCUCUGGGGACAGCUCAUCUCGGCCGUUCCCACGCACCGGCUGAAGUUCCUGAAGGAGGCGGGCCACGGGGGCACCAAGGAGGAGAUCCACGACGAGGAGAUGGUGGGAGGCGUGGACGAGAUCGACCACGCCGAAAUGGAGCUCCGCAGGGGCCAGAUCCUCUGGUUCCGUGGGCUGAACCGCAUCCAGACUCAGAUGGACGUUGUUUAUACAUUCCAGACGGGCCAGACCGCCGUCCCCGGGGCCCUGCGUCGGCAGCCCUCGGUGGUCAGCCAGCACAACGACAUUAAAGUGGUCAACGCGUUCCGCAGCUCUCUGUACGAGGGGCUGGAGAAGCCGGAAUCCCGAAGCUCCAUCCACAACUUUAUGUCCCAUCCCGAAUUCGGCCCCAUGUCCGACGAAGAAGAGGCUAGGAUCCCCACGAUAGAGGAGAACGGCGUCGAGAUCGAGACCCACCCCGAGCCCUCCAAAGGCCCCGUCGGGGGGUCGGGGGGGGCCUCUACCUCGGGGGCCGGGGCACCCCCCGGGAACCCCCUCCACAGCCAGGAGACCUCGGUCUGAUGACCCCGCCCCAAACGCACACACGCACGCACACACACAGAGACACAGACACGCGCACACAGACACGCGCACACACACUAACACACACACACGCACGCGCACACACACAGAGACACAGACACGCGCACACACUCACACACACACACACACACACACACACACGCACACACACACACACACAGACAGAGACACCCACACACGCAGACACACACUCACACACACACACACACACGCACACACACACACACACACACCCACACACACACACCCCUGGCCCCUCUGGUGGACUCACGGACGCUCCAACGCAGUAUGAGGUGCAGCCGUUCUCUCGGAAGCUGUUUGAGGUGCGCCUCCGCCUCUCCCGCACCUUUCCCCGACCCCCCCCCACCCCCCCCCAACCCCCACCUGCCCCCCCCACCCACCCACCCCCCACCUCGGCUUGUGUGUGCUGAAUGUACGUUGCAGCCGCAAGACACACAAUCUAACGCACGGGCGGGGCCACAAGGGUCCCAACCCCCCCACCCCAACCCCCCCGCAUCGCAGAGACCGUACCCUUGCCUUCUGUCACUUUGUGAACGCCAUCUCCUAUAUUUAUUUUCUUAUGUUCAUUUCUGUUUAUUAUUCUGUUGCUUUUGUUCUUUUUAAAAAAAAAAAAAACAAAUUUUAACAUCUAGAAUUGAAAUGUGUUUUUUUUUUUAAAUACGAUUGCGCUCACAUAUGUACUGUUGGCAUACAUGCACACAGAACCAGAAAACAAGUACAUUUGUUAUGUACAUGUGUAUAUUGUGCAUAUGACCUCAAUCGUAACACUGAAUUGGCUAAUUGUUGUAAAGCUUAUUCAACUCAAAUUACUAAGAUAUUAUUUUGACCAUUUUUUUCCACAUAGUAUAGUGAAUGUAAAUUGUGACUGGCUUCAGAGUUUCUUUUUCCUGAAUAUAAUGUUUAAAAUGAAUCAAAUGCAUAGCAGGUCUUUUCUUUUUCGUGCUAUUUUUUCCAGAAGGUUCUUAAAAUAGUUUUUGUUUUUUGUUUUUUGUUUUUUUUCCUGGUAAUUUGUAUGCACGUUUUCAGAAGGACAUCGCUUAGGCUGCUGCACUAUUCCAGUGAAUUGUUUAUGCACUGAAAAGAAAAGCGUUGAAUUGCCAGACCAUGCUGGUGCCGAUGCAUUAAAGAUCGCCCCCUUUCUGCGGCUAAAGGUAA